AUCGUCAUCGCUCCGCGCCGCCGCCGGAAGUUUGGUCCACCGGCUGGAGACGCGAAGCCGAGAGGCAAGAUGCUGGCCGGUGCCCGGGAGUGAGGGAUGACCGGGCUCCUGAGCGCCGUGCACAGAGUCGCUGUGGCCGUCGUGCGCUGCAGCAGCGGCGGGCCGGGCAUGUUCUACGCCGUGAGGAGGGGCCGCAAGGCCGGGGUCUUCCUGACCUGGGACGAAUGCAGAGCGCAGGUGGACCGCUUUCCUGCUGCCAGGUUCAAGAAGUUUGCCACGGAAAAGGAAGCCUGGGCCUUCGUCCGGAACUCUGGGAGCCCCCAAGACUCACAAGGGCAGAAAGAUGAGUGUGCGCAAGAGCCACGAGUGAAAGCCAGCAAGCGGCCCCGGGAGCCCCCCGCCGCGGGUGAAGAGGACGCCCCCCAGCCGCGCGCGAAGCUCGGGAAACUGCAUGUGGAAGUGGCGGCUCCUGUCAGCAAGGACACGUUCUCUUACGCGGGAGAACACGUCGUGGUCUACACCGACGGCUGCUGCUCCAGGAACGGGCGCAGGAGGGCGCGCGCAGGGAUCGGUGUUUACUGGGGGCCCGGCCACCCGCUAAAUGUAGGUGUUAGACUUCCUGGGCGACAAACCAACCAAAGAGCAGAAAUUCACGCCGCCUGCAGGGCCGUCGCACAGGCGAAGGCGCAGAACAUCGACAAGCUCGUCCUGUACACAGACAGCAUGUUCACCAUCAACGGCAUCACCAGCUGGCUGCAGGGCUGGAAGGACAACGGGUGGAGGACCAGCGCUGGGAAGGAGGUGGUCAACAGGGAGGACUUCGAGGAGCUGGACAGGCUCGUCCAGGGCAUGGACAUCCGGUGGAUGCACGUUCCUGGCCAUUCGGGACUCACGGGCAACGAAGAGGCCGACAGGUUAGCACGGGAAGGAGCUAAGCAACCCGAAGUCUGAAUGGGGUCCUGGCCGCGCUCGGAAACCUCCAGGCAGUGGCUGUUCCGCGACCAGCGGCGAGCAGAGGGAA